CUUCACACAGUCCACUGGCUCUGAAAAACACAAGAAUUAGAAACAUAUGAUAACGCCAGUGAGCAUCAGAAGCAAUGGUUUGAAAGUUACAACCUCAUUACCCUCAGAUAGAGGCUAUAUAACCUUAAACCCACAAACAGAAGGUUAGGGGGGGAUGACAUGUUCUGCUUUCUCGUGUGCACUGAAGCGUGCUUUUCAAGGUAAAUAUUCUUUCCCCAACAUGAAAUAGGUCUUUUUUGUUUGCCUAGAGGUAAAGAGGCGGAAAAGUGAGGAGGAUCUGAACUGGUUUCCAUGUCAAACACUUCAAUUCACCAUAGAAACGCAGAUCUUAACGCGGAAACUUUAUUAAACUGUGAUGGUGGAUUGAUAAGGGCCAAAUUUCUAUCGGCCCCUUUUUUUAUUGUGGGCACCAGGCGGGCUGACAGAGGUAAAUUGCUCUUUUAAUUAAAGCAAUGCACUAGGGGAAAUUGCUGUCUGAAUAUUGUCUCAGAGAUGGGGGCCAGUGACAGUUGCCUGGAAACUUCAAUCUGUCCACCCGCAUUUAUUCCAGAUCACAGUUAUGAGAUAAAGUUUAAUAAAAAUCUUUUCCUCCGCCACCAACGAAAUGAAAUCCAACCCAUUCUGAACAAGCGAACACAAUGAGACAGGACUGCGGAGGAAACCUCAUGUUCAACAUGUAUCUCUCAGAUCCGACAGAAAAUCUGUCGAAGGAAAGCAAAGGGACAUCUUGGGGUCCAAUAAACACAGGAGUGCAAAAAGGCAGCGGGCAGAUCCAGCUGUGGCAGUUCCUGCUGGAGCUGCUCUCUGACAGCACCAACAUGUCGUGCAUCGCCUGGGAGGGCACCAACGGCGAGUUCAAGCUCAUCGACCCGGACGAGGUGGCUCGGCGCUGGGGGGAGCGCAAAAGCAAACCCAACAUGAACUACGACAAGCUGAGCCGGGCUCUGCGCUACUAUUACGACAAAAACAUCAUGACCAAAGUCCACGGCAAGCGCUACGCCUACAAGUUUGAUUUCCACGGCUUGGCGCAGGUGUGCCAGCCGUCCACCACGGAGCAGGCCAUCUACAAGUUUCAGGGGAACUUCUCCCCGAUUCCCUUCACCGGGCUUUCCAAACUGAACCUUGUGGCUCCCGGCGUGGGGCCGUCGGGUUUCUCCUACUGGCCUGGUUCCCCUCCGGCGGCUCUGUAUCACAGCCACAGCCUGCAGCCGCCGGGGCCCUUCGGCACCGUGUCUCCGUCCCACAUCAGCUGCGUCAACAACAUCAAUAGCCUGACCAACAUCAAUAAUCAUUACAACUGACUCUUAAUGCAUCUUUUAGGCCAACUGGAGAUAUAUAGUCACCGCAGGUAAUACAGCAACGAACGAAGAGAGGUGACAAAGAGCACCGACAGCUCGGUUUUGGUAAUUUCCAGGUGAAUAUAUGCUAUAAUAUUGAUUUGGUUAGAAAAUAUGUUUUUAGAUAUUGACACGUAACGAUUGUUUCAACAGCAUAGGCUACAUUUCAUCGUGUGAAUAUGGAGCUGCAGUCAUGCUGCUGAAACCACGGCUGUAUGUAAGCAAGACGUCUAAAAACGUGUAGCCUACAUAAACAAACAUCAUUUAGUCCUUUUAACCUUUAAACCAAGACAUAUUUCACGAGCGAGUUAUUUGGCCUAAAUCAACCAAUGGCCGCCUAUAAAAUUACGCACAGUGAUUUGAACUUUUACGCGCGGUAUUUCAAUAAUAUUUAGAUAACUAAUAAGGCAAAUAGGCUACCCCAAAUAUGAAAUGUCCUAAUUUCAGCAACGAUCUGUGACAUUAAACCGGAAAUCAACAAUUUCUGUGUGGGGAGGGAGGUUUUCGAAAUGAACAAUGUAUA